GUGGGGAUUGAGUGUGAGAAGAACUACAGUCGGGUUGUUUAGUCCCUUGAACAGCCAGAAUCAAUUGCCCUAGCCAAGUGCCUAGGGGUGAGGAGAGAGGAAGAGUGAAGACUCUCCUCGAAAGCUGCUCCUUUGGAAGUCACUCCCCCUACGAGACUGUUCUCUCUUCUGAUCUGUUUGAAAACAUUUCGAAGGAGGGGCUGUAUUACUGGCUAGCCCUAGGAACAUCCACAUAGCUAUAUUCUUUCUCCUUCUCUCUCUGUCUGUCUCUCUCUGCCCACUUUUUCCCGGAAGUUUAAACUCCUAGACUUCACCCUCGAAGUAGGAAUACAUGUAAUUUCAGUAUCUCUAGAGAUUUGGGGUUCUUGGGAGGGAAUCCAAGGAAAGUGCUCUAGGCUAUCUCCUGUUUCACCUUUCUCUUCGCCCCACCUCAUCCUCUUUCUUUUCCCGCUCCUUUCCUCCUCCCCUUUUUGACAACACGCCUGAUUCCUCUUUACAAGGCACUGCUGUGAGCGCGGUGCUAUCCGAAGAGAAAGCGCACAGCAUCCGGUCUUUCCCGGGUGGGCAAGCCGAAGGUAGAGCGGGUGGGGGGGGCAGUGUCUUGGCCUGCGCUGCUUUGGAAGGGGGUCUGCUUUGGCUACAGGACUGGACAGCGCCAGCCUCCAGGUACUCCGUUCCUGGGGAGAAGCAAGUUAUCUUUGAAAAAUACUUUGAGUGGAGUUCGGUGAUCACCCCGGGAAGUGAGUUGUUAUCGUCCCGAGAGUUUGGCAGAAACGAAUUGUUUAUAACUGCUAGAAAUGCAAGCCCCCACAUCUCCUACUGCACCUAUAGAUGAUACAGAAAAACCACCUAAUCCAAGACCUGAAGAUCCUCCUUCCUACUCUUCUCAUUAUCAACCAGGACCUCCUGGACCAGUUGGCUAUCCCCCUCCAGGCCCUGGCCCCAUGGGCUUUCCAGGCAUGAAUCAACCUGGUAGCUUUUCCAUGUAUCAAAGUGGUGGCCCGCCAAUUGUGUAUCAGCCCGGCAUCAAUGUGAACCCAAAUCCACCUCAGGUAUCAUGGAUGCCAGGACCACCUCCAAUCCCAAACUGCCCCCCUGGUCUGGAAUACCUAUCUCAGUUAGAAAAAAUAAUGGUUCAUCAGCAGAUUGAAAUGCUGGAGUUAAUGACACAUUAUGAAAGUAAUAACAGAUAUGAAGUUAAAAACAGCUUGGGACAGAUGAUAUACAUGGUAGUUGAGGACACUGAUGACAUCACCAGAAAUGCAUAUAAAUCAUUACGUCCCUUUGUUCUUCGGGUCAUGGACUGCAUGGGCCGAGAAAUCAUGAGAAUGCAGAGGCCCGUUAGGUGCACCUGUUGCUGUUUUUGUUGCUCUUGUGCCAUGCAAGAGAUGGAGGUUCAGUCUCCUCCUGGUGUGCCUCUUGGCUAUAUCAAAGAAUACUGGGGCUUCUGUGUUUCAAAAUUCAGGGUUGAAAAUGAAAAGAAUGAGCAUGUUCUGAAUAUUGAUGGCCCAUGUACACCUGUUAACUGUGGCUCAGAUACUGUUUUUCAGAUUAAAUCAUUGGAUAGAACCAUUAUCGGAAACAUUUGUAGACAGUGGCCAGGCUUUCUACAAACAUCAAUACCAGAUGCAGACAACUAUAAGAUUACUUUUCCACUGGAUCUUAACAUAACAAUGAAAGCUAUGGUUUUUGCAGCUUGUUUCCUCAUUGAUUUCAUGUUUUUUGAAAGAUCUCCAGCAGAUGACUCUCAGAACUCCCAUCACCAUCACCAUUGAUGAUACUAGUAAGAAUAAUAGAAUGUCAGAGUUGGAAGGGGACAUAAUGGUCAUUUAGUGAAAUUCAUUAUGAGCAGAAUCAUCAGACAGUCCAUUCCCUGGAAACGGCUAUCUAGUCUCCAUGUGAAGACUUUCAAGUGAUAACAUUGUACCUUUAAGAAAGAUCAUUCCAUUUUUGUAAUAACUCUAAUUAUUAAGGAGUUUUUGGUUUAUAUGAUUUUUUUUUCUUAAAUGGGAUUGAAUAUUAACUAGAUUCUCUGUAAUUUCCACUCAGUAUUCCUACUAUUACUUUCUAACAGAAGGGAAAACAUGUCUAAUUUCUCUUCUAAAUGACCUAAAAAUUUUUUUAAAUUUUUCAAAUACCUUUAGAAAACUAUCAUAACAAUCUCCCCUCCAUGAACUCCCUAAAAAAAUGGGUCCUUCAUAAUCUUGGCUCUGUUAAUGUUAAGCAGCAUUGUAAUAUCACUGUCAUUGUCCUAUACGUGCCCACUUUGGGGAGCAGACUUUUCUAUCAUCUUGGUAACAUAUUUGAUGCAUUUAGGGUCAAUAUUUCAUCAAAUCCUUAUAUUAUCCUUGGCUUUCCUGUGACUUGUUAUAAUCUUCUUAGAUCUUUGUUCUUUUGUUUUUCUUCCAUAUUCUUUGAAAUAAGAUGUUUUGGGGGGAAAUGGAGGCUUUAUUAUUUCUAAAUGAUAACAUUGAAAUUAGCACUCCCUUCUACUUCCCUUCCAUCCCCCCAAAAUAGGCUUUUCCUUUGGAGUUUCCUGAAAGUUAAUUCUAUGGCAACAAUAACAUAUAAUUCUAGCAUCCCUUGUAUAUCAUAUUAUUAUGGAUCUAUGAUUGACAUACUCUCUAUAUUGGUGCAGAUGUCAACCCUUUCCUGUGUCUUUAUAUAUAAAAUGAAGGGAUUGUAUCAAAUGACCUCUUCCAGCUCAAGAGCUAUAAUCUUAUGAUUCUCUUGGAAAUCCUCUAUAUAGAUUCCAUUUAACAUGCUGGGGGCCUUCUGUCUCAUAAUAUUGACUUUGUGUAGGUGACAGCAUUGUUACUAUAUAGCAGCCUCCCUCUUCUUCUAGUUAUGUAUCUCUCUGAUGAUUUCAUUUUUCUAUACAUUUGUUGGUAACAUAUUAUAUAUUAUAGCCUAUUCACAUUAUAUAUUAUAGUCUUAUGCCUCUCCAUUGCCUUAUGGAAAAUAGCAAAAUUUAAUUCUUCAGAGACUGUGGUAUCCUAAGACUCUAGAUUGGUUAACAUAAUAUUGACCCUUCUUUAGGGGAAAGUUUGAAGUCAAUAAAAGCACAGUACAGUUGGUCAAAGACAAGUUAGCCCAUUUUUCCUCUUCUUUAAAUCUGAACCCAGUUCAUUUUCCAUCAACUGGAAUUAUCCAGGUUCCAUAAAUAAUGAUCUGUUUUAUAGAUUUUUCACCUAGCCUCACAUCAUUGAUUAGACAAAAGGCCUUUAUCAAAAACUUUAUUUUUUUGUGUGUAGAUAAUUAUGACAAACUCUUGAGUCAAGAAGUUUCUUUACACAUGGGAAUCUCUUUCAUGGCCAAAAAGCUCUGAGAGUCCCCUUUUUUUCUAAUAAACACAAUAAAAUUUGUUCCUUUUUUAAAAUACCUUCAUCAAGGAUACUUGUGAUCCUUGUUUAGACUAUUUUUUAAAAAAUGUAUUGAGAUGAAAAUAAAACCCAGGCCACAAUGUGAAGCAACAAUCAAAAAGAAAAAUCUAAUGUGAUCUUGAGCUGAAUUAAAAAGGGCAUAAUUUUAUUGUCUAUUCUUUUAACCAUUUCUUUUAUUUUUAGUGCAAAUAACUUUGGUUUUUUUUAAUGGAUUAAGUUAGAACUGACUCAUCUGUGUGACAUUUUUUAUUUUUUAUUUUUUUAUUUUAUAUUUUAUUCUUCAUUCU